CCCUUGCGCCAUCGACAAGGGCUUGCAGGAUCGGACUAGACAAAAGAUCUCUGAAUCCUCCCCAGACUACGUGGCCCGUUGGACACUGAUCUUGCAUCUACUAUUUCUCUCAUUGUCGUAAUUUAAAUUUUGUAACAAUGUCGGGCUAUCAGCUUCAGUCACCAUGCCGCGUUGAGGACGGCCCGUUCAUUGCACAGAACAAGGUUUCGGCCUUCUUUGAAGAAGCAUGGUGGAGAUUGUCAUGGAAUGACAGAACUCGUGAAUCCUUGAUCCAGAGUGUCGCAGACCGAAGUCCCAAGAACUUGCUCACCAACAGAGAAGUCCGAAGGCACCAGAAAAUAGUUCAUCUCGAGACUGGAGAGAUCGUUGGAUAUGCACGAUGGAUCCUCCCAGAGUCGCACAAGGACUGUUGGCUUGAAGCGCAAACACCGGAUGUGAGCGACGAGCAGAAGGAAGUUUUUGCAAAACGCCAUGCGGAAACCGAUUGGAAUCCACGAGAUGACAACGAUAAGUUGGAUGAUCAUAUCGACGGUUGGAGAGAGAAGCACAAGCAGGAAAGGGAUCUGGAAUUGCAUUACCUCUGCGUUCACCCAGAUCACCAACAAAAAGGGCUAGCGAGUUUGCUCGUCAGCUCUGGUCUCGAAGAAGCCAAGAAGUUAGGCCUUGAUGUUAUAAUCGUGGCCAUGGGCCGACGAGCUCUUGGCCUCUAUUUAAAGCACGGGUUUGAACUACUUGAGGAGAAGAGCCAGAGUAUGAGUUACUUCGGGGUUGAUAAACUGUACGAGACCUUUUACCUGAGAAAGAAAGCUGAAAAGCGAUGACAGGCAACUCCUGCAUCCCCGAACCAUCUUUUAAUGGCUUCUUCUGCUUAGAGAAACCAAAAGAGGUUCAGUGACAAGCCCUGUCAUUUGUUGGUGCAAAGGCGACUAGUUGAGAUUCAUACCGUUAUAUCUAUAAACUAAUGCACGUCUUUCUUGGCAUU